AUGCAGCACUCUGCCAACAGUAAAGAGGAUGUGAAGUGUGGGGCUGAGCCCAGAAGAGAGAGGCCUCUCUGGUGCAAGGAGGGCAGGAUGAGUGUGGCGCUCAGCCUUGUCUGGAUGCAGGAAAGAGUGAGAUGCGACAAGGGAUGGACUCAGCUAGUCCCCAAUACGUAUGAUAUCACUGUGACCUCAGACCCCGCAUCAAUAGAAGACAAGAUCUGCCUCACUGUGUAUGAAAACAAGAAAGUUGUGCCACUCACUGUGAAGAACUCUGGUGUCACAACGGUUUAUUUAAACUUUUCGGCUUCUGACCUCGUGAAGAACAUCUUCACUGUGAGAGACAGUCAUGGAAUCGUGAUCAAGGCUAUCGAGCAGCACACUCUCAGACCAGGAGAGGCAUAUGAAAUCAAGGUCCAUUUCUACUCUCACCAUGCGGGCUUCUAUGAACAGUUGCUUGUCUUUAAGUUUGAAACAUGCCAGCAGCCCCCAGAUAAAUUUGAGAUCAUGCGUCUCUUGGAAAUUAUACAACAGACAUCUUUGAACGAUGAGCCCCUCCCCACAGCCGCAAGCUCAUCGUGCAACCUCCAACUUGUGAACCGCACCCCUGCUCAUGGGGAACUGCAGGCACCCCUGAACUGGAGAAACUAUUCCAGCAGGUUCCACUUGCUGCUGCAUCUCGAGGAGCUCCAGCAUGAGACGGAUAUUGAGAAAUACAACAAGGAUGACGUGCCCAUGUUCAUGCACAGCGGCUACACAGACCUUUUCACUCUGCGGAUUUCAGACAUCGCUGAGGACUUGACAGUGAAGCUGUCCGGGAACCUGGUGCUGGUGACUCCUUUAGACCAGUCAGGAGGUGCCAAUAAAAUCAUUCACAAAGGCUGGGUCCAUUAUGUGGAUGCAGAGCAGGUCUACCUGCAAUUCGAUCAAAAGUGCGUGAGUCAUUUCAAGGAGAGCAUGAGGGUCAGUGUUAACUUCGUUCUCGACCGUAUUCCCCUGCGUAACCAGCACAGAGCAGCAGAGCUGGUGUACACGCACAGGCUGAGGGAGGUGCUGUUCCCCACUGGAGACCGUUCUUCCCACCAUUCACAUCUACCCAGGCUGUUAGAGCUCAAGGGCAACCCUGAGCAGCGUGUGGCCGUCCAACACAUUGUAGCUGCUUCCGCAAAACCUGCCCCUUAUGUGGUAUUUGGUCCACCUGGCACAGGCAAAACAAUGACUUUGGUGAAAGCCAUCGAGCAGAUAGUGAUGACUCAGACUUCGUACAAAAUCCUGGCCUGCGCUAAUUCCAACAGUGCGACCGAUCAUCUCUGUCAGAAGAUUCUGGAAAGAAUUACAGACAGACACGAGGUGUACCGCCUGUACGCUCUAAGCUGUCCUGUGACAAGUAUUCCCCACAAUGAAAAGUUGUUCUGCAACUUAAACCGUGCCAGAAACAUUCUUGUGAUUCCCUCUAAAGAGGAGCUGAUGAGGCAUAACAUCAUGGUCACCACCCUGCUAAAUGUGGGAAGGCUGGUGACAGGAGGUAUUCCUCCAGGUCAUUACACUUACAUCUUUGUAGAUGAGGCAGGUCAGGCUACAGAAACACAGUGUAUCAUCCCAUUUGCAGGUUUGCUGAAUCCACAGAAAUGCCAGGUAGUGCUGGCCGGAGACAUCAACCAGUUAGGCCCCGUCAUCAUGUCCAAACUGGCAGAGAAACAUGGCCUGGGUGUGUCCCUGUUGGAGCGUCUGAUGAGGGACAUCAACCUUUACAAGUUGCAUGAGACGUAUGGGUUCAACAACCGCUUUGUCACCAAAUUACUGAGGAACUACAGGUCCCAUCCUGCCCUUCUGAAGAUUCCCAAUGAGCUCUUUUAUAAAGGAGAACUACAAGCUUUUGCUCCUGAAGAGAAAUGCAGUUCAUUCUGCGAUUGGGAAUGCCUGCCCAAGAAAGGUUUCCCUUUGAUCUUCCAUGGAGUGGCAGGUACAGAUCAACGUGAUUUCAACAAUCCCUCUCUUUACAACAUGGCAGAGGUGGAGGUGUUGAAGGAAUACUUAAAAGCUCUUGUUGACCAUUUUCACAAAAAGGGUGUGACCAAAAUUGAACCAAAAGAAAUUGGCAUCAUUGCCCCAUACAGAAAGCAGGUGGCGAAAAUCCAGAAAGCCCUACAGACGGACAAAGAUCUCAGGAAGGAGGACUUGGAAAACGUAUUGGUUGGCUCAGUGGAGCAGUUUCAGGGCCAAGAGUUCAGCGUGAUCCUGAUGUCUACGGUGCGCAGCACUUUCAAACUGACUAAGCGCAAGCAACAUUUCACUCUAGGCUUUGUUAAUAACGAGAAGAGGUUCAACGUGGCAUUGACAAGAGUACAAGCCUUACUGAUUGUGGUCGGAGACCCAAGAGUUUUAAAAACUGACCCAAUCUGGAACAAAUUCAUCCAAUACUGCUACAGAGAAGGGGGUUACAGAGGCAUUACAGUCUCUGAUGCAGAGGACGAGGACGAUACACGGACUACUGUCCAAUCACUCAACCUCUGGUAA